AUGAAGCUUUCAAAUAUUGUUUUCGCUGCGGUUGGUGCGCUGUUGCCCGCCUCGACUUCUGCGAUCGAGCUCAACCCCGACGAUCCGGCGUCUAUCAAAAGUGCAACCAAGAUUGUCGCAGCAGGUCUGAGAGACUGGUACACUGGAGAUCGAGUCGGCGACACACCUGGAAAUUUACCAGACCCUUACUACUGGUGGCUAUGCGGAGCCAUGUUCAAUUCCUUCAUCGACUAUUGGUACUACACCGGCGACGAUACGUACAACGCAAUCACAACACAAGCCCUAGUGCAUCAAAUCGGGCAACCCAUGGCAUUCAUGCCACCCAACCAGACUAGCACUCUGGGAAACGACGAUCAAGCCUUCUGGGGAAUGGCGGCCAUGUCAGCAGCAGAGAACAAGUUGCCCGAUGUCAAAGAUGAGAUGUCCUGGUUAUCGCUUGCUAUUGCUGUCUUCAACACACAGGUCCCGCGUUGGAACGCCAAAACCUGUGGCGGUGGACUCAAUUGGCAGAUUUUCGUUUUCAACAACGGAUUCGACUACAAAAACACAAUUUCAAACGGGGCGUUCUUCAACAUAGCAGCGAGAUUGGCGAAAUACACAGGCAACAGCACAUAUGCGGAGUGGGCAACAAAGACAUGGGAGUGGGAACGUAGCGUCGGCCUCAUGAGCCAUGACUACCAUUUCUAUGACGGCACGAGCGAGCGUCAGAACUGCACAGAGCUCAACCACGUCCAAUGGACCUACAAUGCAGCCAUUCAUAUGUCUGGCGUCGCAGCUAUGUGGAACUUGUCAGAGACAACAAAUGAUGCGACCCAAGCAGCAUUCUGGCGCGGCCAUCUCUCCGGUAUAAUCAACUCAACAGAUGUUUUCUUCUCCCCCGAGGGCGCACCCGACGUCAUGAUCGAAGUAGCUUGCGAGCGCAAUGGACUCUGCGAUCACGACCAACGCUCCUUCAAAGCCUACCUGGCACGCUGGAUGGGCUUCACGAUGCUCACAGCUCCGUGGACGCGCGAGCUCAUUAUGCCGCGCAUGCGCGCCUCGGCUGUGGCAGCGGCGAAACAGUGCAGUAGUGGAAAGGGCGGGUGUGGAUUGCGCUGGUGGAAAAACGGCGUGAAUGAUGGCGAAGUCGGUGUUGGAGAACAAAUGAGUGCGCUCGAGGUCAUGCAGAAUCUGCUCAUUGAUCACGUUUCAGGUCCCGCGGGCGAGCAGACAGGUGGAGUCAGUAAAAAUGAUCCCUCUGCAGGGAGUGACGGAGGGGACACUCUCGUAAUUGAGCAUGAUCCUGUUACCUCAGGGGACAGAGCGGGUGCUGGUAUCUUGACCGCGCUGGUCAUUAUAUUCAUGUUCGCUGGCGGGUGGUGGUUAAUCACCGGAGAUUAG